UGUGUGAUAGGCAACUGUCUCACUCUUGCAGUCCAAAGUCACGAGUCAGAGUCAGGUGAAAUCAUAGAAGAAAACCAUAAGAACGUGAAGUUUUGUUUUCGUGAUUUCAGAGUUGAUCGGUUUCUAUAUCUAAUAGGUAUCAAGGGAACGUGGUGCAAUGGGUGAGUUUAUUAAGAUGAAGCUUAGUUUUGAUGAUGUUCUGCGGCACCUGGGGGAGUUUGGACGCUAUCAGAAAUGGAUGUCCCUUUUCCUUUCCCUCUCUGGCAUCACCUUCGGCAUCAGGAUGAUGAUCAGUGUGUUCCUCCUCAACAUACCUGGCCACAGGUGCGCCAUCCCCGGCUAUGACAACGACACCUACGAUGUACAGUCAGACAAUCAUGCCCAUGUUAUCAACGCUACCAUUCCCUACGUCGUUAAGGACGGCAAACUGCAGCUUGACAGCUGUCACAUCUACUUCGACGUUGCCAAUAGCACCAAUGACCGUGCCAACCGUACAGUGGUUGCUUGUAAGAAGUGGGUGUACGACAAGUCUGUGUUCGAGUCCACGGUCUCAUCAGAGCUGAAUUUUGUGUGUGACAACGCAAUCCUGGCGACACAUUCUAAGGUGAUCUUCAUGGCAGGAUGCUUCCUGGGAUCCUUCGCAGCCGGAACCCUUGGGGACAAGAUUGGGCGGAAGAAGGCUCUUUAUCUGUGCCUCCUGCUCCUCAUCACCGGCGGCGUCAUCCUCAACUGGUCCAGCAACUUUGUCAUGUUCGUCAUCCUCCGCUUCUUCAACGGCGCCUCAGCGGUCGGGGUCUUUGUGUCGUGCUUUGUAAUUGGUAUUGAAAUGGUAGGUUCCUCAAAACGUGUACGGUUUGGAGCAUUGCUGGAGACAUUCUUCGCCAUCGGCAUGGUAGUGUUGUCUGGACUGGCCUACUUCAUCCGGGACUGGCACACUCUGGAGCUAGCCACGGCCAUCCCGGUUGCUGCGUGUCUUGUCUACUGGUGGAUCAUUCCAGAAUCUCCUCGGUGGCUGCUGAAGCAGCGCCGACAAGAGGAAGCGGAAGUGAUCAUACGCCGUAUGGCUGACGUGAAUAGAGUCAAGUUACCUGACAACCUGUUUGAGGAACACGAGACAGAGACUGGAACACACGAUGACGACACACCCAAGGGCAGCUUCUUCGAUCUAUUCACCACUCCAGUCAUGUGUAUACGAACUCUUAUCAUAUUUUUGAACUGGUUUGUGGUCAGCAUGGUGUACUACGGCCUAUCCCUCCACUCAGACAACCUUGGGGCAGGCAGCCUCCACCUCAACUUCCUGCUGGUGGGACUGGUGGAGUUCCCUGCGUUUGUCUUCGUUAUAUUACUGCUCAACAAACUGGGAAGGAAGGUCAUGUACUGUGCUUCAGUGUUAGUAGGAGGCGUGUCCUGCAUCCUCACCAUCUUCACCAUCCUCUAUGCAGACCAGACAUUACAGUGGGUCACGGUCCUGCUCGCUAUGGUAGGAAAGCUGGGGUCCACGGGAGGCUUUCUGAUCAUCUACAUCUUCUCCUCAGAACUGUUCCCCACUGUCAUCCGCCACUCUGCCACCGGGGCAAGCUCCUCUUGUGCACGGGCAGGGGCCAUGGUCGCUCCUUAUGUUGUCGACAUGGGCAAGUUUGUUGGUGGGGACUUCGGUCGUGUCCUACCGUUAUUGAUGUUUGGCAGUCUGGCCGUCCUGGUAGGUUUGUUGGCCCUCUUCCUGCCGGAGACACUCGACAGAGACUUGCCGGAAACUAUCGAGGACGGGGUCCAGUUCGGGAGGCAACCUCUACGACUAAGAUCCGCAGGUGAAGUUUCGGGAGAAAAUCAGAGAGGUCUGCAAUUAUUACUAUCUGACUCAAGAAAAACCGAUGGAAACCUACCCAUGUGCAAAAAAUAUACUCUUCCGGUCAAUGCUUGAUCGUGAUUGCGAAUUACUGCUUUGUUUCUCGUAACAUCCUGUCCAUCUUUAACGCCUUGUUCUUAUUUAUAGAUACAUGAAUAGCGUAUACCAUAGUUUGUUUUUACAGUAAAUUCCACCUUGGAAAUCACAUUUGGUUUAUAUUCUAGAUUGCACGUGGGAAGUUCUCUCAAGUAGGGUGGCGGCUAAUACUCGAAAUAAUUUAAAUAUUUAUACUGUCUGUUGACUCAGUUCACUCUCUUGCCUCGGGAAGAUGAUUUGGUAUGACCAUAGGGUAAUUCACUGUGGAUCAAAGUGUGUAAUUACAUUGCUCCAAGAGGGUUUGUUGGACUCCUGCUAGAUGUUGGGGAUGUCGAAUUUCACCUCGGUGGAGAUUUUAACGCCUGCAUUGGAGUAGAUGUCGGUGACAUAUAUUGCUGAACAACUAGGCGUAGGUCAAUUUGACUUUCUUGCUGAUUCCUUAAC